AUGGAUGCAGAGAGACCCAAAGUUGCUCCAGGAAGUCAAACGAUAGUAGAUAGAGAAGAUUCCCUGCUCUUGAAAAACGUGAUUCGCCCAACUAUUCUGAGGAAAUCAUCAACUUAUUAUUCUUGUUCCAUAUUCAGAAUCCGUCACACUACCACACAAACCAAUGACACAACCUAUGCACCGAAGAUCCUCUCAAUCGGCCCUUAUCAUCAUGACACUGACAAAAAACAUCUCCAGAUGAUUGAGGAGCACAAACAACUAUAUUUGACGUUAUUUGUUACAUGGACUCAAGAAAGGGGCGUUGGUCUAAGUGACUUGGUCGAUGUUGUCUGGGGACUGGAAGAGAAGAUCAGAGAUUCUUAUUCCGAAACACUUCCAUUCAAUAAACAAGAGCUGACUGAUCUCAUGGUACUCGAUGGUUGUUUCAUUCUUAUGUUGUUCAUGGUGGCUUCAAGAAAUUAUAAUUACGAAAUACAUAAUGAUCCGAUUUUUAUGCUGAGAUGGAUACUUCCGACUCUUCAGAGAGAUCUUCUACUUCUUGAAAACCAGGUUCCUCUCUUUCUUCUCAAUGAUCUUCUUAUGACAUCAAAGUUAGCUCCAUCCACUAGCGUAAACAAGAUGGCUUUCAAAUUCUUCAACUCUUCGAUAAGGAGACCACUGGUGUAUUGGGAUAAACACAUUAAUGUUAAGGCGAGCCAUCUUCUUGAUCUCAUCCGACAGGCUUUAAUACCAGGUCCGUCUUCAGAAGCCCUAGAACAGAGCUGCAUUAAUAUUACCUGUGAUUCUGUGGGAGAAAUAGCUAGAGAGAUCGUCAACGACACUUGUCUCAGUAUAAGAAGAUGUUGUUCCAAGAGGAAAGACGAAUCGUUUAGACGUUCAAGCCAUUAUGUUGGGCUGAUUGUUUCAGCCAAAAAACUUCGACAGCGAGGAAUUAAAUUCAAGCUGAGGGGGGAUGUCGAUACACCGUUGGACAUAUGUUUCAAUAAAGGUUUGCUUGAAAUACCACUACUAGUCAUUGAUGAUUUUUUUAGCACUCUUUUAUCCAACAGUGUGGCUUUCGAGCAGUAUAAUAUGAGCUAUUCCACGGAGAUGACAAGUUAUGUUACUUUCAUGAGUUGCCUCAUAAACACAGAAGAGGAUACAAUGUUCUUAUGCGAGAAAGGGAUCAUAGAGAACUAUACUGGAACCAGUGAGGAAGUUACUUUGUUCUUCAAGAACGUAGGAAAGAACUUGGCGUUUUCUCCUUCUAGAAGUUUCAUGGCUGAGGUGUUCGACGGGGUGAACAACUUCAAAAAACCUAAGACUCCAUGGAGGACUAUAUCAUCUUCAGCUGCUUUAAUUCUUCUUCUUCUCACGAUGAUCCAAGCCUUCUUCGCAGCCUUUGCUUAUUUCCAUCCUCCAAGAUAUUGAACUAGUUGCAGUUAUGGCUUCAUCAAACCAUAAUUAUCCAGGCGUGGCUAGCUCUAAUUAAUUAAUGUCGCACUUUCACUCAUGGCUCUGUCUCCAACUGGA